GACGUCAUGAGGGAGAAACCAACAGAAAUCGAAAAGAUCAAUCGCAACUUUAAGAUCAUCUUAAAGUUAGACAGACGACGACACAAUACUCCAACCCAAGCCUCAGAACUCGGAGCCAUACUUGGAAACAAAACUGACAGACAAAACAUAGGAGAGGUCAAACUCCAAGAGAAGAAAAGGACUUCAAGGAACCAAAUCAUGAAGAACGAGGCAAAAUCGAAUUUGCUCAGAAAUCCGAGUUGA